CUUCAGGGUGCCGAAGAUGCGGCUUGCUACGACUUAUUGGAGUACGACUUCUCUUCUAGUGACAAUGAUGAAGUGGACGAUGGAGAUUCGAAUUUGAAAGAGCAACUAGAGAAAGAGGAGGACGGCACAGUCGCGGCUCACGGCCGCCUUUGGGUACCACUUGAUAAUGUCAUGGAAGACUCAGCCUGA